AAUAUUUUGCCCCUGAGUUCGGACCGGGAAGAAUUCGAUUCAUGAAGAAGAGGUUACCAAACGGCCCGGACCACUGAACGCAUUUUUUUCUCCGACUCGGCCUUUCUCUCUCAGUUUUUCUUCACUGAAAUCAAAUUCGCAGCAGCAUUUUGCUAACAAUGCUUCAAUUCUGAUCUACACCGACAAGGCAAUAUACUAAUUGACAGCCAUGGCUCACUGGAUCUCUUCCAAGCUCAAAGUCGCCGAAAAUCUCCUUCAUCAGAUAGAUCAACAAGCAGCUGAUUCACUCCGUAAGAGUGAGAAGCAGCGAUCUGAUGAUAUAGAUCGUGAAAACAUAGCCAAAACUAAUGAAAACAAGCCACUUAAGGAUCAAUUCAAAAAGAAAAGUCUUGAAACAAAUGAUAUAAUUCAGAAAGCCAAAACUGAUCGCAAUUCUUCUUCUAUUAGCCUGGAUAAGAAUAAUAGCUUUGGCAGCAAUAGUAAUUAUAAGAUACAUAAGGAAGCGGUGACGCCAGUAGAUUCGAGUCCCAAGUCCAGUCCCAAUGCUCUGACUGAUAAUGAUUGGACUGAAUUACUAAGUGCACCGUGCCCAAAUGCCACUGCUGGGGGGACUACUAGUAGUAAUGGAGUUGGAAGUGCCCGUAGUGGUCGGAAUGAUGGUAGAAAGCAAAGAAGUUUGGGGUCUGGGUCAAAUUUACCAGCUUUGGAUGGGAAAAGGAGCCAGAAACCUCAAAAGGUUGUUAAGAGUGUUAAAGGACCAAAUAUCCAUUCUGAAAAUGAGGCAGACGGUAGAAGGAUAGACAGAAGAGCUAGCAAUGUGGACUAUACAAUGCCGGUAACUUCAAAUGUUGAACUCAAAAUUGAUGGGGAAGGUUUGGGUAAGGGGGACCAUCAUCGAAAACAUGAAAAUGUGAAGUCCUUGCACGGAAAUAAGGAUGUACAAAAUGAAGUAAAGAAUGAAGGUUUGGACGUUGUUAAGGGUGUAGAUCUGUCUCCGGUGAAUAAUCGUUCUGGAGAUAAGAGCCUUGGCAUUGUACCGGGGUCUUCCACUCUUAAUAAGGAAGUGGACAUGAAGAAUAAACUGGAUGACAAUCAGAGGAAUAGGCCUGCAAAGGCUAUGGUUGACAGACCAAAAUUGGACUCUCGGAGUUCCACUUCUCUGAAGAUGAGCUCUUCUUCACCUAGUAAUGCAGAGUCUGAUUCUGAGACAGAUUCAACAUCUUCAUCAGACUCGGAAAGUGAACGUGAAAGAGAAGAAAGGAGAAGAAGAAGGCAACAGAUCCUGGCUGAAAAAGCAGCCGCAAAAGCAAUGGAAGCUAUUAAAGAACGUGAGAACAAGGUUGCUAAAUUGGAAGGGGAGAAACAGAGCUUAGAAAAAAUACUUGAAGAGCGGGCCAAACAACAAGUUCAAGAGGCUUCUGAGUUACAGACGAAAAUGAUGGAAACAAUGGAAGCUGUUGAGUUGGAGAAACAGAAACAUAAUAGUACUAGAAUGGAAACUCUUGGCCGAUUGGCAAAGCUUGAGACUGUCAAUGCUGAACUUGCAAGGUCUCUCGCUUCUGUUCAAUGGAAUCUUGAAGUAGAGGUUAGUCAGGUUGCUGAACUACGCCAACAAAUUGAGUUAAAAGAAGCGGCUCAUGAAGAACUAAGAAGGAAGAUAUCUAGGAUACAGGGAAGUGGUGAAAAAUUGGUGGCUUCAAAAGGGAUUGAAGUGGAGAGGGAGAUGCUUGAAGCAGAGCACUCUUUCUUAACAGAUAAAGUGGGAUUGUUGCAAGAAAAGGCAAAGACACUAGAAAGAAGCAUUGCCACGACACAGCAUGAACUGGAAAACCCAACUGCAGUGGAGAUUGAGCUCAGGCGGAGGCUUGGUCAAUUUACCGAUCAUCUGAUUCAAAAACAAGCUCAGGUUGAGGCGCUGUCUUCUGAGAAGGCCACAAUGACAUUUAAAAUCGAGGCAGUUUCAAGGUCGUUAGAAGAAAACAAGUCUAUGUUAACUGAUUUUCCCAGUACCUCAUCAAUGGGUGAUUUGGAGUCUGGAUUGUGGAUCUCCAACUCAAAGUUGAGGCCUAUGUUUGAAGAAAGAAUGCGAUCAGGCCAGCAACAUUUAGGAUCUCUGAUUCGGCAGUUGGACUCCAUCUUCUGCACCGGAAUGGUGUUUCUUAGAAGGAACUCAAACGCAAAAAUAUUUUCUCUGGUUUACCUCGUCUUCCUUCAUCUUUGGGUCAUAUACAUUUUAAUGUCUCAUGCUCCUGUCUCUGAGGACACCACUGGUGCCGUUAUUUCCUUGGAGAAUAUCAACAAAACAGGAGGCAUAUGAUUUCAUUUAUUGAUGUGUAUCGUCAUUUUUUUUGUUUUGAGGUCCUUUCAGCAUCCCCACCCCCCUCAGCCAAAAACACAGAUGUAUAGAAAUGCACCAUUUGUUAAACAAACCUCAGAUGGUUAUGACAUAUAUGAAUGAUCCUUCUUGUAUAUCUAGGUCAAGGAAUGUAUAAGUUUUAAAGGUUGAUAUGCAUUUCACGGCAAAUAGAAAUUUCAUUGAUCUAGUUAUGGUUAUAAAUCUU